AUGUCGAAAACGCUGGUGUUUGACAAUGGGGCAGGUGGUUUGAAGGCUGGCACAGCAGGGCAGCUCCGACCUUCCCAUACCAUGCCCAACUGCACUGGCAGGAUCAAAGGACAGGCUCAGAUGGUGGUCGGAGACGAGACGGCGCAUGCGGCGAGAGACUCGGCGCCGAUAUCGAUCCUGAGACCGUUCGACCGCGGGUACAUCACCAACUGGGAACCCGAGUUCGAGGUGUGGCGACGCAUGCUUGGACGAAAUUUCCUCAACGCCGACCCUCGCGACAGCCGCCUCCUUGCCACCGAGGCCCCCUUCGGUCCCCUCGUUCUCCAGGAAGCGGCCAACGAGGUGCUGGAGGAGGAGAGGGAGAGCAUCCUGAAGGCGCAGAUGAAGAAGAGGCGGGCCGAGCUCAACGCUCACUACGCGCGAGAGGCGAGGGAGGCGGCGGCCAAGGCUAGGGCUGAGGAGGAGGCCGCGAGGGCGGCGGCCGCGGCAAAGGCGGCGCAUGGCCGAGGGACUCGCCUGAGCACGGGGGUAUUGGUCGGGGGCGGGAACACCCGACAACGGUACGAUCCCACCGAUCCGGAAGGGGUGAUGGGACUGGCGCACUCGAAGGGAAGCAGCGGUAGCAGUUCCGCCGCUGCCGCUUCCAAGUCGCCGGAAGAAGAACGAGAAGAAGACGAAAAGGAAGAGGACGACGAGGAAAUGGAGGAGGAAGAAGUUUGGGAGAAGGAGGAGGACGUGCAGCUGGACGACCCCGCCGCCGCCGAAGGCGGCGGUGGUGGUGGUGGUGCGGGUGCGGCGGAUCUGCUGCUGCUUGGCGGCGGGGCCGGGAAGGGGCUCGCCAUGUCGGACGUGUGCAUCGUCGUGGACUCCGGGUUCUCGUUCACGCACAUCCUGCCGUUCUACCAGGGCCGCGCUCUGCACAAGUCGGCGCUUAGGGUGAACGUGGGCGGGAAGUUGCUGACCAACUACCUGAAGGAGGUCGUGUCAUACCGGCAGUGGAAUAUGAUGGACGAGUUCGAGGUUAUGCAGGACGUGAAAGACUCGUUGAGUUACGUUAGUCUCGACCUGGACGCCGAUCUUCGCGCGGCACGCAACGUCAGACCAGGCAACCCGAUCGUCAGAGAAUUCGUCCUCCCGGACCGCAAGACCGUGAUGAAGGGCUUUGCUAGAGAGGUGGACUGGGACGCCCGCGUGAAGCGACGACAGCAGGAGGAGCUCGGGGUGGAGGAUGAACAACAGCCGCAGGUCCUGACGAUGGGAAACGAGCGGUUUCACAUACCGGAGGUGCUCUUCAACCCGUCCAACAUCGGGCUGAGACAGAUGGGGCUCUCGGAGGCCGUCGCGACAUGCAUAGAACGUUGCCCCGCUGCGCUGCGACCACAGUUCUACGCUAACGUCCUCCUUACGGGGGGAAACUGCGCCAUCCCCAACCUGAGGGAGCGGCUUUACAGAGACCUACGGGCCUCCGCCCCCAUUCACUGCGAGGUCAACGUCAUCCUGCCGGAGGAGCCCAUGCUGCACGCUUGGCGAGGUGGGUCGCUUUUCGGCGCCAGUCCGGAGUUCGGCAGCUUCGCCGUGAGCAAGCAAGAGUACGACGAGUUCGGACACCACAUCUGCAAGAUCAGAUACGCCGACUGGUGA